CAUGGACUGAAGCCCCUUCUGGUACCUCCCCCAUCACCCCGACAGGCUGAGGAAUCACGUCCAUGUUUCGGUCCAGAUGGGCCCGUCUUCCAGGACGCAGGGAAGGGAAAUGUCUGUGAUGGAGCCAGCUGGGGUAGGGGAUUUUCAGGGAGCUCCUGCGGGGAUGGGGGCAGGAAGGAGACCGGGUGUGAUAAACCUGCUGAUUUUCUGAGUGGGCCCAUUGGUGAUGGGGGGUGGGGGGAGAUUGGACAUUCCCCCAUUUCUCAAACAGGAUACAACCCCCUCAGCUCGGCUGGGAACAUUUUCCAGGUUCCCAGUGCUGGAGUGAGACCCCACUAGCGUGAGGCUGCUAUGAAAUACGCAGGGAAACUGUUAGGAUUCCUGUCCCUGUCCCUGGCUCAGAGCUCUGCUUUCUGUAUCAGCCUGUGUCUGGAAGGAGUGUGGAAAAUGAGAAGACCCUGCCCUGCUCUGCUCUGUGUGCUGGGGGGACAAGAAGCUCUCACCUUCUCCCACCCCCUGGAGCCUCCUGGCUGCUCUGAGCAGGGUGGGGGUGGGAUUCUGCUACUCUGGCCCUCCCAGAGCUUCCAUUUCUUUAUCCUUCCUGCCACGUGACUAGUGGGAUUGUGGCUGGAGCAGCAGGUAAUGACCGGGGCCUUUUGGUGUUUCAGAUGCCGGUGACCUUCGAGGAGGUGGCUGUGUAUUUCACCCAGGGGCAGGGGGCUCUGCUGGACCCUGCUCAGAGAGCCCUCUACAGGGACGUCAUGCAGGAGAAUUAUGAGACAGUGACCUCACUGGGAUUCCCAAUUCCCAAACCUGAGCUGAUUGUCCGGCUGGAACAAGGGGAAGAGCCGUGGGUGCCCGAUCUCCAGGCCUGCGAGGAAAGAAGGCUUCCGAGAUGCCCCCAUACAGCAGGUGCUGAGCGAGGGAGUGAGAAUGAGGAGGGGAAUCAUCAUGAGGAAGUUCCCGGGAAAGUGGAACCGAAUGGGACCUUUGUGGGAAGAGGUGAAGGGAAUUUUUCCCAGUGCUUCGAACUUGAAGAGUCCUGGGGAAAUUGGCACAGGUCAGAGAGGCUCCUGGGAAACCACCCAGGGAAGAAAGUGGAUGAAUCUAUUCAUGGUGGGGGAGGAGAGGAGGAUCUCAGAGCGCAGCAGACAAAUCCCAAGGAAGACACACCCUGGCACCACCUUCAGUGUGGGAAAGGAUUCAUUGUGAGAUCACAGCUUGUGACAAAUCAGACAAUCCAUACUGGAGAGAAACCCCUUCAGUGCUUGGACCAUGGAGAAAGCUUUAAUAAGCUCUCAGAUCUUAAUAACCACGGGAGAAGCCACAGUGGAGAAAAACCCACUCAAUCCCUCGAGUGCGGGAAAUGUUUCAUUUCGAAGACACAAAUAAUUAGACAUGAGUUAAGCCACACAGGGGAGAGACCCCACAAGUGCUUGGUUUGUGGGAAAAAUUUCAUACAGAGGUCACACCUAGUUCGUCAUCAGGCAAUCCACACAGGAGAGAGAACCCCCAAGUGUUUGGACUUAAGGGAAAGUUUCAUACAAAGGUCAGACCUUGUUAAACAUCAGGUAGUCCACACAGGAGAGAGACCCCACAAGUGCUCGGACUGUGGGAAAAGUUUCAUAAGAAAGUCAAACCUUGUUCAACAUCAGUCAAUCCACACAGGAGAGAGACCCCACAAGUGCUUGGACUGUGGGAAAGGUUACACACAAAGGUCAGACCUUGUUAAGCAUCAGGUAAUGCACACAGGAGAGAGACCCCACAAGUGCUUCGAGUGUGGGAAAAGUUUCAUAAGGAGGUCAAACCUUGUUCAACAUCAGAGAAUCCACACAGGAGAGAGACCCCACAAGUGCUUGGACUGUGGGAAAUGUUUCACAGAGAGGUCAAGCCUUGUUAAACAUCACCAGGCAAUCCACACAGGAGAGAGACCCCACAAGUGCUUGGAUUGUGGCAAAGGUUACAUACAAAGGUCAGAACUUGUUAAACAUCAGUCAAUCCACACAGGAGAGAGACCCCACAAGUGCUUGGAAUGUGGGAAAAGUUUCAUAAGAAGGUCACAGCUCGUUUAUCAUCAGGCAAUCCACACAGGAGAGAGACCCUACAAGUGCUUGGACUGUGGGAAAUGUUUCACAGAGAGGUCAAGCCUUGUUAAACAUCACCAGGCAAUCCACACAGGAGAGAGACCCCACAAGUGCUUGGAUUGUGGCAAAGGUUACGUACAAAGGUCAGACCUUGUUAAACAUCAGGCAAUCCACACAGGAGAGAGACCACACAAGUGCUUGGACUGUGGGAAAAGUUUCCUAAAAAAGUCAAACCUUGUUCAACAUCAGAGAAUCCACACAGGAGAGAGACCCCACAAGUGCUUGGUCUGUGGGAAAUGUUUCACAGAGAAGUCAAAGCUUGUUAAACAUCAGGCAAUCCAUACAGGAGAGAGACCCCACAAGUGCUUGGACUGUGGGAAAGGUUACAUACAAAGGUCAAACCUUGUUCAACAUCAGAGAAUCCACACAGGAGAGAGACCCCACAAGUGCUUGGACUGUGGGAAAAGUUUCCUAAGCAGGUCAGACCUUGUUAAACAUCAGGCAAUCCACACAGGAGAGAGACCACACAAGUGCUUGGACUGUGGGAAAAGUUUCCUAAGAAAGUCAAAACUUGUUCAACAUCAGAGAAUCCACACAGGAGAGAGACCCCACAAGUGCUUGGUCUGUGGGAAAUGUUUCACAGAGAAGUCAUACCUUGUUAAACAUCAGGCAGUCCACACAGGAGAGAGACCCCACAAGUGCUUGGAAUGUGGGAAAAGUUUCAUAAGAAGGUCACAGCUCGUUUAUCAUCAGGCAAUCCACACAGGAGAGAGACCCCACAAGUGCUUGGACUGUGGGAAAGGUUAUAUACAAAGGUCACAGCUUAUUCAACAUCAGGCAAUCCACACAGGAGAGUCUCCAGAGGUGCUUGGACUCCGGGAAAAGUUUCAUAUGGAAGUCUGACCUCAUUAAACAUGGAAGAAUCCACACAGCAUCUGAACUUCUGUGACACAUGGCAAGAAAGGAUUUAGCAAGUUGCAUGUAAUUGAUUCGAUGGGGGUAUGGGCUGAAAGAUGGAGAGAAUGUUUAUAGGUGAAAUCACCAAAAUGUGUUUUGCCAGGGUAGUGUUAACUGGAUCUGUUCCGCUCUCCUGCUUGGACAUUUUCUGUGGGGAUUCCAGAGAUGGAAAGGAGCAGCUGUUACCAUCUUGGCUACCAAUUCCCAGGGUGACUCUCUACACUAGCAAUUCUCAAACUGUGAGCAGAGCCUCCCAAUGGAGGCACAGGAGUGUGUCAAGGGAGGCGUGAUCAGCGUAGGUUGUUUGUUUUUUAAAGAGCACUGGCUGUCGGCGCCAGGUGGUUUGGGCUCAUGAAGAAGGAACAGGCCCAUCUGGGAGGUGGGGAUAAAUGCUCAGGCUCUCAAACCCAGGUGGAGAAGCAGCACAGAAGUAGGGGUGUCAAUGGGGUGAUAAGUCUGCUGUGAACAGUGAUAUUGAGGAAUAUCACUUUUCACGUGGCCACCCUCACUUCUGUGCUGCUAUUGGAGGACUUCAGAGCUGGGCACAUCGCCAGCACCACGUUUACAAAAUGAUUAAUCUUCUCCAAAGUAUGUCCUGUGAGGUGUCAUAGGGAAAGUCAUCACCUGCUGAAUAUUAUUGUCCCAUUAAAAUGUGUCUAUCCGCACUGUCCUUGGAGCUCGGAGAGUUUGCUGUAUGUUUGUUACAUGCUGUAAAGCUGGAAAACACCCACAGAGGAGCUCCUCAUAGACAGCGGCACCUGCACACCAGCUGGGUGCUAAGUAGCCAGUAAUUGCUUAGCUGAUCCUUCACCAGCUGUGGAGCUGGGAACAAGAGAGUUACAAUUCACCAGAUGGACGGCUGGAUGCUCACUUAGGCCACAGACUGAUUGUCGCCUGCCCCCCGGCUGGGGGGUGAACUUCAAGGAACAGAGUGGUACAAAGGAACAAGGGGGAGUGGCCUCCAUUUUCACCUCUCCUCUACCUUCUCUACAGAAGGCAAGAAGAUGACUUGAAAGACAACAGGGGCCGUGGAUUGGAGAGGACGGACCAAGGCUGUAAGGAAAUGCAGCCUGGGUACUCAGAACUGUGAAGUGCCUGCAACAGCAGGUGGGGUGCAGAAAUCUCCUUGCUUCACAUUUUCCUUAAAUUGGUAAAAUGUAGGAUUUAAAAUGCAUUUUAUAAUUUUGUAGUUUUAAUCGGUUCUGACCUUUGACAUCUUUCUCUUUCGUAAUCCCUGAAAACCUCCUUGCUCCAGUUACUAAAGUGGUUUUAGUGUUUUGUCUGGACCUUUCUGUUUUCAUUGAAGUGUUUUGGGGAUUUGACUGGAGAGAACAAGGCUGUGGCCUAAUCCGGCCCCUCUGUGGGGGUGACCCACUAAUGACUGAGUUUGUCCAUCCCAGUGACCAAACUGAGCUGUGCAAGAUGCACAUUCCUUGGGCGCAAGGCUGGGAGGAGAAAACUGGCUGAUGUUGCUGUGUCGUUUCAUAAGUUCCUGAGUGUCUGGCUAGUUGCACUCAGUACAGUGCAGCCAGGAGUGACUUUGAAGGCUGGUGGCUGUGUGUGAGCAGAGCGUGGAGGGGUUUGUUGUUCACACAGGGAAGCAGCAGGGUGGAUUUGAUUUAAAUAACUAGUCAGGAAGACUGGAUUUAAUCAUGGUUUUCUACAUAAAAAUGUAUUCUUGUUGGGUAUUAUAACCUUAGUACGUAUUCUUCAAAAUGCAGAGACAGAUGUAGGUUUCAUUUUUCGAAGGUACACGUUGUACAUUUUUAAACAGUGAGUUAUUCUGAAAACUUUACAGAUGAGUUUUACAGCUAUAUGAGACAAUGAAUGUUU